CAACCCGGUGCACGCUCUCUCUUUUGCUGCUACAACAGAUCCUUUCCACAUCGACGCUACUGUUAACGUCACGCCUGUAAGCCGUGCUUUGCCCAGCACUCGCCUUCCCUAUCUUGCUCCUCUCCCCAAUCGGACGCUGUAUUAGCAAGGGGGUGCUGCUCACCAAGAGGAGGGGGAAAAAAAGAACUGGAAAACACGAAGAAAAUAAGAAAGAAGCCGGAGAGAGGAAGAAAAGACUGCUUUGCCACCCCUCCUUCCUCCAAACCCACCUCGAUCAACCCAGCUACAACACCCCCACUCCUCCCAGCACCCCCUUCCAUCCCCCACCCCGCUCCCUCUCUGAAGAAAUUGACGGAUUAUUGGGAAGUGCAAGGGAGGCAGGCUGCAGCUGCUUCGGAGUGUGCUUCGCUACUGCUGCUGUGUGCUGCGCAGGGAUGGUGUGUGUGCGUUUGCAAAUGCUGCUGUCGCCACCGAGGUUGCUGAGGAUGGAACGUGUGGCUCGUUAAGGGAAAGAAGAACCAAAUGAGGGAAGUGUGUGUCGCCUAGCCCUUUCAACCCCCCACAGAGGACUCCUGGGGGGAAAAGAAAAAUUAGGACAAAUCAAGUGGACACGACGUCACGGAAAGAGGGACGCAAGGGGAAAGAGUGAGAAAAAGGUAAAAGGGCUGUCAAACUGACCAACCGACCAACUGAUUGACUACUAAAAAGUGAACAGAGGAAUACAUAGCGAAGGGGGGGGUCUGCUUUUUCCUGCCUUGUAAACCUCUGUUGUAAACCAUCGCUUACAAAAGGCAAAGAACAUUGGGAAGGACUGAGGAAUUUUCAUUAAACCUCUCUGAAUCCCACCUGCUUUGACUUCCCUCUAUUUGUCCUUUCCGCCUGGGCUUUUGUGCACAAAAAAAAAACUGCUCUUGUGUGAUCGUAUGGUCGCCUGUGCUAUGGAGACCUGGGUAAGGUGUCUAGCAGGGGGAUCAACUGUCGGAUUCCAAGGACAAGCGAGAGAAGAGGAGCCGACAGCAAGAAGCGAGCCAGGGAGCACUGCUGCUUUGGGAGCUUGACUGGAUUCCUAUCUGAAAUCUUUUUUUCUUUUUCUUUUUUUUCCUCAUCAACAAGGAAAGGGAGAACAAAAAACAGUCACAAAGGGCCUCCAAACCUUUCUCUUUGGAUUUAUGGAUUUACAAAAUAGCUCUGCUUAAGUUCUAUGGCAUUGAUACCUGUUUUGUGAGCAAAUAUAAAAACCUUUCUUUGCUGCUCUUGGGAUAUACAUACAACUGGUGUGAAUACCACAGCUCUUUCUGGUUGCAAAGAGGAGCGAAGCUAUUAAACUCAAUUGAUGGACCUGUUAUAAUAACUUGAGGUAGGUGUCUAGUGUUUCAACCCCUCUUUGCAUCAAUUUGUAACACCUACCCUUCCUUCUGUCUUCUACUUAGGUUUUUGUUGCUCAAUUUUCCAUAAUGUCUAUCUCAUACAUACAUUUAAGACAGGUCAGCCCUCCCUCACCCUCUUUUUCUUUAUGCCCCUGAGAAUAGUUCAUGGGAAAUAAAGCAUUCCUUGACUGAGAAAAGGUCAAGCUCCCUUGGCCCUUUGCACCCCCCCCCCCUUCCCCCAUCCCCAACCAACCCGUCCUUUUUAGUUCCCUUAACCUAUUAUCUCUGAACCCCUUGACACUACUACCAACCAACAAGCUACUUGCCCUAUCCCCAAAGCCCCUACACACCACCCCCAAACACCCCCAACCUCCCCCCCAGAUGAUGCUGAAUUAUGAACGUGCCACAUCAUGAGUCUCCUGGGGCGGGUAGCUGUGCAUCGUGCCAGGAAAGCCGCCCUGCUUUGUGUAGUCUUCCUGAUGGCGCGAGCGUGGAGCAGCGCCUCCCUGGCCUUGGCGGGGGCGGCGGUGUCUCAGGGACCCCAGGGCUGUCCACCCCAGUGUUCCUGCAGUAAUCAGCAGGGGAAGGUGGUGUGCACCCGUCGUGGCCUCACCCGUGUGCCCCCUGGCAUUCCUGCCAACACGCGACACCUCAAUCUAAUGGAAAACGCCAUCGAGGCGGUGCAGGCUGACUCCUUCCGCCACCUGCACCACCUUGAGGUGCUCCAGCUUGGGCGAAAUGCCAUACGGCAGAUUGAGGUGGGCGCGUUCAAUGGACUUACCAGCCUCAACACACUGGAGCUGUUUGACAACAGGUUGACAGUAGUGCCCAGUGGGGCCUUUGAGUACUUGUCUAAACUAAGGGAACUGUGGCUGAGGAACAAUCCCAUUGAAAGUAUUCCCUCCUACGCCUUCAACCGGGUGCCCUCUCUAAUGCGACUGGACCUUGGAGAGUUAAGGAAACUGGAGUACAUCUCGGAAGGAGCUUUUGAGGGCCUCCAAAACCUCAAGUACCUCAACCUGGGCAUGUGCAACAUUAAGGGAGAUAUGCCAAACCUGAGUCCCCUCAAGGGUCUGGAGGAGCUAGAGAUCUCUGAAAAUCUCUUCUCUGAGAUAAAGCCAGGCUCCUUCAAAGGCCUGCGCUCCCUGAAAAAACUUUGGGUUAUGAACUCGCAAGUUACAGUUAUAGAACGAAAUGCUUUUGACGACCUUUCUUCAUUGGUGGAGCUCAACCUUGCCCAUAACAAUCUGAGCGCUGUGCCACAUGAUCUGUUCUCCCCGCUCAGGUAUCUGGUGGAGCUCCAUCUCCACCAUAACCCUUGGAACUGUGGCUGUGAGGCUGUGUGGUUAGCACGCUGGCUAAGGGAGUCCAUCCCUACUAACUCAACUUGUUGUGGACGCUGUCACUCACCUGCCAGCAUGAGAGGUCGACAGCUGGUUGAGGUGGACAGAGGAGAGGGUGCUGCAGUCCAGUGUUCUGCACCUUUCAUCGCUGAUGCACCAAGGGACUUAAACAUCUCAGCAGGGCGAGUGGCUGAUCUUCGUUGUCGCACUGCUCCAAUGUCUUCAGUGCGAUGGCUUCUACCCAAUGGAACUAUACUGACACAUGCCUCAAGUCAUCUGAGAAUAUCUGUCCUCAAUGAUGGUACCCUGAACUUCUCAAAUGUCUUGGCACUAGACACAGGAACCUACACUUGCAUGGUGUCCAAUGCAGCUGGAAAUUCCAACGCCUCAGCCUACCUCAAUGUGAGUGCAGCUGAGCUUAAUACAUCCAACUUAAGUUACUUUACAACAGUGACAGUGGAGGUCUUGGGGCCAACAACUGAGAUGCCCAAACCUAAAACCACCACAACCACAGCUUCAGCUGCAGGGGCUGGGGUACCUGGAGGAGGAGGUGUAGGCCUGGGGACAACAACAACUGCCUCCCCUUCAGUCUUUCAGCCAGUGUUUAUCUCCACACCAACUGUUUUACUGCAAAGCACUGACAGCCCACCAGGUGCCGCUAAGCCGUCUGUGGCACCAGGUGUCAAAGGUGCCACUAGCAAGCCUGGCAAGCCUGGGCCAAGCCUCGAUGAAGUGAUGAAAACGACAAAGAUCAUCAUUGGUUGCUUUGUUGCAGUAACACUACUGGCUGCUGUCAUGCUCAUUGCCUUUUACAAAUUGAGAAAGCGCCACCAGCAGAGGAGCACAGUGGCAGCUGCACGCACUGUUGAGAUUAUCCAGGUGGAUGAGGAGGACCUUCCACCACCGGCGUCUGCUUCUCAAGAGACAGCUCUCACAUUGCCUGAAAUCCGGGACCACAACAACAUACACAAACUGGACUUUAUUAGCCACAAGACUGACUACAGCUUUCACAAACCUAAGGCCGAAUACAAAACACAGCCAGAUUUUACCCUACACAAGCCAAAGGCUGAGUAUACCACAUACAAGGACUUUAGUAGCCACAAAUUUAUCCCAGAUUACAGCACUCACAAAUCUACACCAGAUUUUAGCCUUCAUAGACCAAAGCCUGACUAUAGCUCAUUUAGACAGGACUACAGCACUCACAAACCUAAAGCAGAAUACAGUCCAUUCAAACAAGACUUUGGAACUCACCCAAAAACUAAACCAGACUACAGCCCCUUCAAACCAGAUUACAGCACUCAUCCUAGGCAGAAAACAGACUUCAGCCCAUUCAAACGAGAUUACAGCACCCAACCAAAACCUAAACAUGACUACAGCCCAUUAAAAUCUGACUAUAACACACAGCAUAAACCUAAGGCUGAAUACAGUCCAUUCAAGCCUGACUUUGGCACCCACCCAAGACCUAAACCUGAUUACAGCCCAUUUAAGCCUGAUUAUAGCACUCAGCCUAAACCCAAAACAGACUACAGUGCCCAGAGAUCUAAAACUGACAGUACCUACAAACCUAAGGACCCUUACACCCCCCACAAGACUGCAGCUGAUUAUAGCGCCUUCAAGACUGACUUCAGCCCCCACAAAGCGGAUUACAGCGCCUUCAAGUCUGACUUUAGUCCACAUGCUCAGAGACCUAAAAUGGAUUACAGUCCACACAAAAUGGACUACAGCCCCCAUAAAGUGGACUACAGCACUCUAAAGCCCAAAUACAACACCUAUAAACCGACUGGUCAUGGGGCUAAAUGGACAGACAACAAUGUUGGGAACUCUUUGCCUCGAACCUUGCCCAGCACCAUUACAGCAAUGGCUGAGCCCUAUGUCAUAAAAACUCACACUAAGGAGAAGGUACAGGAGACUCAGAUUUAAAAAGGCCCCCAAGGCUCCCCAUACUUUCCCUAGGUCCCUAGCUCCAACCCACCCUAGUCCUAUGCCCCACUGCGUCAUUUCUUCAUAAAAUCAUGCAAUAGAAUGCACAAAGAAAAAAGGACAGGAACUACUUUUUUUGUACAGAGUGCAAACUUAAAGACUGACAAUUUCUUGUUGUACAUGCUUAUAAAUAAAUAUAUAUAUGGACAAAUUGAAACUACCAUGGGCUGGUGAUAGAGAAACAUAUAUUAAAAAGAAAUUGAAACUAUUUUCUAACUUGUAACUUCUAUUUAAAACAAUGAGUUGUUUAAGAUGCUGUCUUGACUUUGACAAAUGAGGGUAGUGUUGUUUUAAAAAGGGGCAUUCUGUGUGAUUUUUACACCAUGCUACAGAGAAUGCAGUGAUAAGAAAAAAAAAAAUAUUUAUACUGAGAAGACUUUCUUUAACAAAAACCUAAAAAAGAUCAGUGUUGAUCUUUACAGGUUUAUCUUGUAAAAGCACCAAGAAUUUGUACUGUGCCAAAUGUUAUAAAAUGCAAUAAAAAGGAUUUUUGGAAGAAAAAGUAAGUAUUAGAAAGAUGUUUUUUCCCCUUUGCUUCUUGUCCUAGCGUGUACUGUAACGAUCAGCCAAAUGCUUUAGACACUGCAGUAAGACGCUGCAGCUAUACUUUAACCCUACGUGUGCUGAAUGACUCAGGCAGAAUGAAUCACGGUGCAAAAGUGGAUAGUGCUUUCUGAAUUUGAUCAAAGCCUGCAAUUAUAUUGUGUGUCUAUAUA